UACUGGAGACACCUUAGAGGAAGGUUAUACCUCUGUGUGUAGGGCCGUAAGGAAAUCUUAAUAUUGAUCGAUUUUUGGAUACUGAUUAAUGGUGGAUAACAUGGUGCAAGUUACUCGUUUGAUAGCGAUGACCAGUUAUUUCUGAUGCGAAUAAAUGGUCAGAGACGCGGGUGGAAAGUCAGUGUUGGUACUAACAGGUGCCUAAAAAGUUUCUCUACUUUGUGAGCUAAAGAAAAAAUAAGACAGCAUUAUCUAUCUUAUACGGUGACUUGCUGUUUAACUCUCUAUAUGUGAUUGUUACGUAACUGACCUGCAGAAAUAUUUUUACGUAGUAAGGAUACCAUACUUCGACGUAAAAAAGAUACAUCCUAUAAGCUAAUUCUGGAUUGUGGUGUGGAAGCUAUCUAAAUCAUCAAGUCGUCGUCAUACUAGUGAAAGAAAUACACUUAUGUAGUUCUUGAUGCAAAGAUUUUAAUAAGCACGUGAGCAUGGCAAGGCUUGGUUAGAAGGUCCACUUAUCUAAUCGGAAGUUUUUAUCAGCAUCUGAUAAGUUGAAGUUUAACCACAGGUACAAGAUCGGGCUAACUACUGAGGUGGGAAUUGAGAUCACUGGUGGUUCGGAGGAAAAGGUUACAGUUUGGUGUCGAUGACGUCAUCAUAAUACAGGCGCUAUCACUGCAGGCAAUGCUGCACGUAGAGACGUUCUAGUGACAGUGUCUUCCGUUCAAUUCUGAUUGCUGUAGCUGUAACAGAUCUACAUAAUUACGAUGGAGAACUGUAGCUAAGAGACUGAAGGCCUUUGCACCGGGUGGGCCCCAUUUUGUCGCCAUGGAGAGCUACGCAUCUGUUGAAAUGCAGGACUACUGGAAUGAGGUCCGCACCAUAGGCCAGAGAAGGACUUCGUCGCACUCGAAUUCCCACUCUGAAGAGGAAGCUCGUAGCCAUGAUGAUGAUGGCGAAUCCGACGAACAUUUCCUGGAAGGACUUGGUAUACCUGUUAAACCAGACUCGGAACUCUCUGAAGAUAACAUCACUUACAGCAAGUUCAUGGGUGCUCUCAAUCCAAGACAGGAGGAAGCCCUGAAACGAAGAGUUCGAACCCUUAAUGCAACCAUACGAAGGAAGAAGCAGAGGAACAAACCAGAUAUUCGUAAUUUCUUCGCAACUACAGAUAAUUCUAGCACAGGCACUAGAAGUCGAAGUGCCACUCCAGAUUCUUUGGAUUCAGUGUCUCCUCCCCGCACACCCCCAGACCCCCACCCAAAGUCAUGGGUGGAUCCAUAUUUAAGUCGAUCUCGAGGAUCCUUAGAUUCAGGGAACCAUUCCUUGGUGACAUCGCCUUCUGUCAUCACCUCUCCUGGGCCAUUUUCACCCAUCAGUGAUCACAGUAACCACCACCAUCACAACAGAAGCCUAGCAGUUGGUGUCAGGAGACAUUCACCGCCAGCUGAAAAUAAUAACAGAAGCCAAUGGAUGGACGAUCGCCCCGUACAUUUGUAUCGCGCUCCCUCUGUGGACAUGCUCCCGAAAGUUGCCUCAGGAGUACCAGGCUCAGGGAAGGAACUGCGUCGUCAACGCUCGUACGCUCGCGAUCUGGCAAGGGAUGUCAAGAAUUUCCAUUCAAAACAAGGCCUCUAUGAGUUUUAUCCCAAAGCAUUGCAAGAUGAACACGAUAUUCAAGUCUUGGGUUACCGGUACAUUGGCUCCGUACACAUCCCCCACGCAAAGUGCAAGGAGAAACGGCCAUCCAUAGAAUCCAACGCUUCUCAAGGUAGUCAAGAUCUUGAAUCUUCUACAGAUUCACGCAGACCUUCUGUAGAAAUCCGUAAGACACAUUCAGUCAGUCAUUCAAGAGAUAUUCGGGAUCGAGGAAAAAUAAGAGAAAACCAAGAAAAUAUUGAAAAUAGGAGAAUCGGUAGUUCUACAGAUCUGGGUUUCAAAGUCAGAUACCUGAAUGCUGAUGAUGAAUUUCCUGAACUAUUGUUGGAAACAAGUCGUUGUGGACAGACUCGCAUGGAUUGGCUUGACGAGUCUGAUCUUAGCAAGCUUGUCUCACUAGCAUUGCUAGAACUCGAUAUACUUUUUACAGAGCACCAUAUCCAUCAUAGAUGGAGAAAAUUGAAAAAGAGAAAGCCCAAUAAAGAGGAUACCAGUGUCUUCGGUGUUCCGCUGGAAAGUUUGUUAGAUCGAGACAGAACAUAUUUAAGUGAUUCUCCUCUAGAAACAAGUGUUCCUGUGGUGUUCUAUAAGUUGGGUAUGCAACUUGAACGCCAAGGGAUGCAACAGGAAGGAAUUAUGCGAGUUCCAGGUCACAGAUCCCAAACCGAGCAACUGCGGCGUACCCUCGAUUCUCACUUCUAUACAUCCCCUCCUUUGGCUGAGUCAGCAUUGAGGAGUGCAGCACCAAAUGAUGUUGCUACCCUAGUCAAAAGCUUCCUUCGAGAUCUUCCUCAACCUUUACUUACUCAUACCUAUAUGCCUGCAUUUUACAAAACUCACAGAAUUGAUAACAUAGGUGAAAGAGUUUUGGCCCUGACAAUGCUCAUUCUUCUUCUUCCUAUUCCAAACCGAGAUACUCUUCAUGCUGUCUUAGAGUUAUGUGCUCGGAUUGUGUCAUAUGAAGAAGAAAACAAAAUGACGCUUUAUAACGUGGCAAUGAUCAUGGCUCCCAAUCUUUUCCUACCUAGUAAUCCUCGCUCUAAGCUUCAACUUAGAUCUGAAGAUAAGGAACAACAGCUGAACCAUGAGAUGACUUAUGCCAAUGUCACAACCAAGUUGACGCAGGCACUGAUAAAAUAUCGUGAUGUGCUGUGGACUGUUCCCCAUCGUUUGAUAUCUCAGAUCCGCCGUCUCUAUCAAGCAGAGGCUCUGAAACAUCAGAAUUAUACACCUAUGAGAAGACUAUUGACGCGUAAGAGCAAAGAAACAAUACAACGGCCAAUAGAAAAUGAAGUAGAUUAUCAAGAUGGUGUAUUAAGGGUGUCUGCACCUCAGUUCAACAAAAUCCAGUGCCCAGUUAAACUGGAUCCUCUAAUGACUGCGAGGGAUCUUCUUACCAGAUUCAUUGAGGAGUUGACUCUGUUGCCUGAAAAUCCACGAAGAGUAGAAGGUCGGAGAGAGCAACAGUACAAAAGAGGAACUGUUGGAAGUAGUAGUAAUCCUCCCAACUCUUCUCAACUGGCUUCAAUGCCUCAAUAUUUGGCAUGCCUUUUGAGUGGGUCUCUGAAAAAUGCUUUGAAACAACACGCACUUCAUGAAAGAGGAGGAAAUAUAGGUGACCGACGACUUGAUCCUAAUGCAAAACUUCUGACCAUCUACCAAGAUAAUCCUAAUGCUGAAUUCUUAGUGAAAUGCCAUCAUCCAGGUGGUGAGCCAUUUCGAAAAAGUUCUCUUAAAUCUUGAAUUGGACUUUAUUAGUGUUUGUUGCUCAUACACAUAUUUGCUGUACUGUCUUCAGCCUCACAUCAGUUCUAUUAAAGCUCAAUUCACAUCAAAACACCGGGUGGUGGUUAUAUUGAAAACCUACUUAUUGCCAGUUUCAGACCAAUAGUGAGAUGAAAAAUUUUUGAAGUACUAUUUACUGUUGGCCUGAUGUUAUGUUACAUUAUAAGAGCAUCUAACAUGUGUGAUAUACUACACUAUAUACUAAUUGCAAAAGCACACAACAAUGUAAAUAAGAUGCAAUAUGAAUCCUCGAGUUCUAUGGCAACAAAUUUGCAGUGGAACUCUAGAAGGGCAGUUGGUGUGAGCCCCACAACAUAUAUUUGGAGAAAUUUCUUUAAUACUGUAAAUGGAAUGUUUGCCAUCCUCAGGAAGUCUAACUCUAAGUACUUAAGUUGCUUUAAUUAAGUAUGAAAAUAAGUUGCUUUAAUAAACUAUGACAAUAAAUGAGAACCCUGAAGAGAUCAAGUCACACUUAUAAAUAUAAAUCUUGUACAGUAGACUGUGAAGUUGUUUGAAUGAACUAUGUAGAUAAUCAAAGGAGUUAUGCUAAGUUUUAUUAUACUGUAUAUUCAACAAUUUUUCCCGACAGCUAGUCAAACCUGUAUAUUUUACAAAGCUAUUUCUGUAAGGUGUUUAUAUAACUGAUAUUUUUAGUCUAUAAAAAUCUACAGUAAACCUAAUAAUGGUAUGUUUUCUUUAAUACAAUAUACGUAUAUAAUUUAUAGUGCAAAAAAUAUUUCAGAAGGUGCAUUCCAACAUGGAAUUUCAAAUAGGUGCAUUCCAAUAUGGAAUUUCAAAUAAAUUACAUGACCACCAACAUAUGGGAAAGUUUAAAUGUUAAGCUAAUACUGUAUGCAAAAAAUUGCUAAAUUCAUGUUAUUGUAUAAAAAAAAUUCCAAUGUGUAAUAUAAAAGAUUUCAGUGAAUUCAUAGGUCAAGAUAUGGAAAUUUGACUUAUUAAUACUUUGAACACUGUCUUUUUUCUUUUUUUCAUAAAUAGAAUUUUAAGUAACUUUUCAUUCUGCACUUAACCAAGUUAUGAUAGGUUCAGAUCUGUCAUUUUCUUGAGGUGCUACUCCCCACCCUUUGCUCACAACAUGAAAAUGAAAUACUGGAUAAAUAAAAGGCAAAACUGAGAAUGAGAGUUAAAUGCAUCAAAACAUCUAGCAUACAUAUAUGACCAAAUUAUGGUAAGAAGUUUUGUGGGUAUUAAUUUUUACAGGAAAAUAAUUUAGACUGUGUAAUCUAGCUAAAAUUUUAAAAUAAAAUCCUUGUACGGUUCAUGUUGCUUUAUGUAAACAGUGAUUUAGUAACCUUACCAUGAAAAGCAAUUAGAUUACCUGGGUCUCGCCCAAACCAGGUAGCCUAAUAGAAUAUUCUGCAUACAACUAGCAACUAUGUAUGUAGUUGUCUACUCCACUUUCUAGAAGUUUGUAGGGUAAAUUUAUGGAAAUAAUCCUGAAUUUUGUCUAAUGCCAUCUGGAUGAUUUGUGUUAAAAAUACUCAAAACAAUUGUACAUUAGGAUCCUAGUGUGAUUUUAUCAGUCAUGUUAUAUAGCUUUUAUUUAAGAUUACAAUUUUAUUAUAAAUCAUUUUGUGAGAAGAAAAUAUGUAUAAUUAACAAAAUUUAUUAGGGUAACUGCUAAAUUCUACACAGCUAGAUAUGUUACUAUAAAAUUUGAUGAACUUAAUAAUGCAUGCAGCAAUAACCACUUAGUUUCAAGUGGUUUGAAAAUUAUCCUUGUAUGAAAGCCAUACAAAAUUUUCUGGAUGGCGCAAAAGUCUUAGGAUUCUUUAUAUAGAAAUCAAAUUGCUCACAAAAUUCACGAGUUCAUUUUUCUGCUCAUUCAGAAACCCAUUUAAUUUUACAGCUUUUCAAUUCUGUAAUGGGUUACUUAUCUUCAUAAACUUAAGGUGUAAUUGAAUACCUCUAAUAUAAUAACUUUCUUUUUAUACUUGUAACUUUUGUACAGAAAUAACUUGUAUCAACUGUCCCCUCUUAAUGUACAGAAUAAGUCUCUGGACAUAAGAUCAUGUUUUAAAUCAUUGUGUGUGUGUGUGUGUUUGUGAAAAAGUUGCCCUUU